UCCACUUUGAUUUUCCAAAACCCAUGGGCUCCACUGUGAAUGGAUAAAGUGCUUGCAUUUAAAAAUUCAAAAGAAGUUUCAAUUAAAGCUUUCCUGCAAGUUUUAUUCACUUUUUACAAAUUUACGUUCCAUUCUUAAGUCCACACCCUUCCAAACUAUUGCUAUGGCCCACCUUUAGAAAAAACUGUACCAAAGAAACAUUAAAUCAACCUCCAGUAAUUUGUAGAUACUUUAUUUUCUAGAUUCCUGAAGGAUGAAAGGUGAAGUUAUUCUAUUAUUAUUUUAUUCACAUCUAAGAUAGUUUGUAGAAAUAUCAAAACGACCAGCUAAUACUUUAUCUACCCUCAGGAUGGAUGAAAGUUUUAUAAUUCCAUUCGCUUUUUAGAUGCAUUAUAGUUAUAUUUAAUCGAUCACCAAUACAUUUAUUUAUUUAUACAAUUUAUUUUACUGAUCCUGGAAAAAUGAAAGGUCAUGUUGACCUCGACGGAAUUUGAACUGAAAAUGUAAAAGGCUGUAACGAAAUAAAAUAAAGUCAUAAUUAUCAUCAUAUCGCUCAGUAUUUACGACGUUGGCUGUUUUAAAAUAUUGUUGUGUUAGUAUUACGAAACUAAUUACGUAUAAAUCAAGUAAAUGGUGGCUUCGCGUUCGAUUCCUCUGCACGGCCUUUUGGGCAGGUGUCUUUUUAUCAUAAUCUCGGGUCAGUUAAAGCCUUAUAAGUAAAAUUUGAUGGACAGAAACUAUGUGGAAGUCCGUUGCAGGGACCAUUCCUCUUCUUGGAUGAUAAACUUAAACAGCCACCCAGUUUUACACCAUCGCCUUGCUCCUUUGGGUGUCUUUAGCAAAUCCAUUCUAUUGCAAGCAUUUGGAUUAGGUUUCUCUGUCUGGGCAUAACUUCCUUCGCUCUCCUCCACCACCACCAGUUUCAGAAACCCUGAAAAAGGGUGGUCGUUGCCGACUUUUCUCUUCCGUCUUAGCUAUUAAAAGCUAAAGUUGGAGGGGGAAAAAACCCUGAGCUAGUAUGAAAUGAUUUGGUGAGGCUGUCGCGACAAAACAACUACAGUUAUCGUUCCUUAACACAGGCAUCCUAGUUACGAUAUAAACUUUGCAAAACUUGCUUUGUUCCCAAUAAAAAUUACCAUAAUACUUGAUAUAGUGAUGCUUAUGUUUGGCGGUGGAUUUUACUUGCAGGAAACUCACAGAAGAAAUAUGAUUUAAUACACCAACAAUGACAGGAACAAAAAGAAGUACCCUUUUACAAAGUAGCUUGCUAUCACCAACAUCAAGCAAGCUAACUUCCCAGUAUAUUGUGAAAAACAACCUUGCACACCAUUAUAGGAUACUUCAGAAUGUUUCAUCCUGCAUUGAUAAUUCCACCCCACAGUCACUACUUAAAAGCCAGAAAAUUCGGGACAAAAAUAAGCAUAAAAAGCGACCUGCUUCACGUUCUUCAGCAAGCAGCCUAACAAGAUCCAGACCAGCCUCACAGACACAACAAGAGAUGUACUAUAGAAAUACUUACAAUUUACAAGAGGACUGGAAGGAAGCUUUCAAAGAUGUUGCUGAUGAUGAUGAACUUUACCAAAUUGUACGAGCUACUCUUGGAAGAAAACCUGAUCAUUCUUUCAUGACAGAAUAUUAUUCUGAUGAUGGUUCCAAAGAUGGUUAUUAUGGGUUUAAUCAAAGUUCUAGGCUUUCCAGCUAUGACGAUAGAUAUUCUGCAUCUUCAAAUUUCCCACCUUCUCGUCAGUCUCAAGCCUUCAGUUCUAUCAGCAGAUCAAUGAUAAACUCUAGGAAAUCAAGCCAUUUGCUAAUGAAAGACAAACCAGGUGAUGUCCUCCAAAGUCGGACACAUGUAUUUACACAACCUGAAAAGGCAUUCACACCUAGGAUCCUGAAAACAAGUAAAAAGUCUCUGCUGAGUGAAUGUAAAUACUAUAACCCUCCAAGGCUCCGCAAAAGCAAGGCAGAGAGUGAAUCUCAGAAAGACAAAAAGGAAAAGCAUUCAGACCAAUCUGAAACUUCAAACUAUCUUGAUCCAGAAUCUUUGACAGAAUCAACAUCCUACAUCUCUUCACGAUCAUCUAAAUCCCAUUCGACCUUAGUUGAAGAACCAGUGCCUCAGUUAGACUUGUUACCAGAUAAAGAAGGAAGAAGUGACAAAACUAAAGUCAAGAAAGACACAAGAAAUAACACUAAGGAGAAUAUCAUAUUGGAAGAUGAAAACUCGGAUUUAAAGAACACUACAUUGAAUAGACAUAAAUCUAAAUUGAAUCCAACAGAUAAUGCCUUCAAACAAACUUCAACUCAAAAUUCAUCAAAAACUCCCUCAGAUCUUUACCAAUCCAAUGCAACAAGCAGCCAUCUCCAGUCUCCAAAAGCAUUAAAUGAAAUUAACAAAAGCAGUGAAUGUGAGUACAUCAACUUCAUGAAACAUGUCACAGAAGAUAUCUUACUCAAAGGUUUAUUCACAAACAGGGCAAUUCAACAAGUUUUUGAAUUCCACAUUAUGAAGCAUAGAGGCAAGCUUGAUGAAGGGAAAAUGAGGAGAAUGCUAAUGAAUUUUCUUCAGGAUAUUGGUAUUAAGCCUGAAAGGGAUGCUACAUUUAAUGGAAAUACAUCUACUUCAAAUGAACUAAACAAUUUUCCUAGCUAUUCUGGUCUUAAUUUAUCUGAAAAUCUCUCCAAAAGUAUAUCUUUGAUGAAUAAAUCAGAAGAAUGUCAUCAGAAAAACUUGGAAAAAUUGAUGACAUCCAUGUCAGAUUUUAAUGUUAGCCAAACAGAAGAAAAUUUAGUGAAAGAAAAUCCUCAGCCCGAAGUAUCUCUUGCUAGGAAACAGAGACAUCAGUCUUCGUAUUCCAAACAAAGAAAUGAUAUAAAUGUAGUGAUUGCAAACCCCAUGGAUGAAGAUACAGAAAUAAACAAGGUCACUCGUGAUGAAAAACAAAUAGUUAAUCCAGAUGGUGAUAAGAUGAACUUUACAAAAGAUUGUGAUAACAAACAGAACAAUAAACCUGUACCACGACCUCGACGAAAGAACUCCUCACCAAAUAUAUUGCAAGAAUCAGCACAUGUGCACAUGACAUCCAUUGUGAAAACUUUAGAUCCUGAUAUAUAUUGUGAAAAAGCAGCUGGAGAUAGUAUAGUUUCAAAGGAUUCAUUUCAAGAAAAUACUGCAUCAGUAGACAUUUCUUUGAAACCUGCGGAUUACGUUUCAGAAAUGAAGACAUCAGAACCAGUUAAAACUGCAAACAAUUUGACCAUGUCCAAUAGUUCAAACAUGAUGAACUUGGCUUCUGACAAAUCUGAUGGAAAAUCACAAUUAGAGCCAAAUUCUGUCUAUUCAGAAUCUUCACCUAAUCAUGAACCCACAGCAAACCCCUCCCAAAUUAACCAGUCUCCAGAUUCACCAGUUAACAACCAUUCUGAUAAUCAAGUUGAUGAACAGAAUGAUUAUGAUGAAGAUAACUUUGAUAGUGUUGACAGCGAUAGUGAUUUCUAAACUGUUUAAGAUUGUGAUACCUGAUAUACUUUUUUACUGACUCCACUCAUUUAACUGUGGCCAAGCUGGACAACUGCCUUGGAGGGUAGAGUUGAUUAUAACAACUUUGUAUUUGUACACUGGGUAUUUAUUUUAUUGUCAUCAGAAUGAGGGAAAGUAAAAUUGACCUGGGUACAAUUUGAACACAGAACUUAAAUGGACAUAAUCAAAUACCACAAGGUAUUUUUCUCUCUAAGUGUGAUAAUUUUUGUUCUUUAGUGUACCACUAUAGUAAUAUAUUGUAUUUUGAGUGUAUCGAGAAAUUCCCCAAUAUGUUGGGAAGGGUUGGCAAUGUGAAAAUUUAAAAUUAACUUCUUGAAUGUGAUAUUAUCUGGAAUUGUCAGUUACUAUUACCUCAUAAUAAAUAGUGUACUUGUUA